AUGGAGGACUCUGGAUACAGUAGUACACGUUGUCCACCAUCUGGCAACAAUAGGAAGCCCCAAGAGUUGCACCACAACUCAAGCAGGCAUAUUGAGGGUAUUGUGAGUGAGGGUAGUUUUCUGGACGAGGAUAUUCUUGAUUGUGAGGGUGUUGUGGAUGAGUGUAUUCUGGAUGAGGGUGUUCUUUGUGAGGAUGUUCUAGGUGAGGGUAUUGUGGGUCUGCUGCCUGUAAUGAUAAAGGAUGAAGUGCCAUUACUGAAUGCCAUUGCUGAGGAGCAUGUGCUAGUACCUGUGACCCCAGGUUCCACUUCUAGUCAAGAGUACUGCUGGGGAGAUUCUUGCAGGCAUGUUAUCUGGGACUUGGCCUUUUCGCUGGAGGAAAGGCAGCAGCUGAACAUCCACGGGCUCCUGCCUCCCUGCUUCGUUUCCCAGGAGAUCCAACUCCUGAGGGUGGUGAAGAACUUCGAGCGCCUCAGCUCUGACUUUGACAGGUAUCUCCUCCUGAUGGAUCUUCAAGACAGAAACGAGAAGCUCUUCUAUAGAGUGCUGCUGUCGGACAUCGAGAAGUUCAUGCCCAUUGUGUACACCCCCACCGUGGGACUAGCUUGCCAGCAGUAUAGUUUGGCGUUUCGGAAGCCAAGAGGCCUCUUCAUCAGCAUCCAUGACCGGGGUCACAUUGCUUCGGUUCUCAACGCCUGGCCGGAAGACGUCAUCAAGGCUGUGGUGGUGACGGAUGGGGAGCGCAUCCUGGGCCUGGGUGACCUGGGCUGCAACGGCAUGGGCAUCCCCGUGGGCAAGCUGGCGCUGUACACAGCCUGCGGGGGUGUCAACCCGCAGCAGUGCCUGCCCGUGCUGCUGGACGUGGGCACACAGAACGAGGCAUUACUUAAAGAUCCGCUGUACAUUGGACUCCGGCAGAAGAGAGUGAGAGGCCCAGAUUAUGACAACUUUUUGGAUGAAUUCAUGGAGGCGGUUUCUUCCAAGUACGUCUAUCUUUAUUUCCUCUGUUCUUGGGCUGAACUUUAA